AUGGCACAUGUACGGCGCACUGUGCUGCUUGGGCUGCGCGCGUCGCGCCACUUCGGCUUUCGAGCUUCCACCCCGCGCUUCUCGUCACUGCUGUCGCAGCUGCCAGACUUCGAGGAGGGCCGUCGUGCUGUAGCGGAGCAGCGGUAUGCAGAUGCACUGCCUAUGCUGCGACGUGCUGCAGAGGUUGCCGACGCAUACUUUCCGCCUGACGCAGGAGCGGAACGUGCAGAGUGCCACCUCGUCUUGGGCUCUUGCCUUUGGAUGCAAGGCCUUUUCGCGGAAGCCGCGCAGCACUUUUCCGGCAAAGACUCGGAGCAGUUGCAAUUUGCGGCAGCACGGACAUUUUUCGAGCUCGGAGACUUCAACCAGGCUUCAGCUUUGGCGCGUGGUCUCAAGUCCUCAGCAUCUCUGCGGACUUACGGGCACCUGAUCCAGGGGGCAGUUCAGGUUGCCACUGGGGACGGGGAGGCUGUGAGCACGGAUGACCUGUCGUUGGAAGCCCAGUGUAUCGCCAAGCUCAACGAGCUGGUGGGUGAGGCGCUAUCUGAAGGAGCUGGUGCUCCUCCGACUGCUGCCAAGCUGACGGGCUCGCCUCUGGCUCAGCUCGUGGGUCUGGAGGAGGGUGAUCCAGAGAUCUCUGCUGAAACCCGCCUGGUGUUGCGCUGCACUCUGGGUGAGCUGGCCGUCCACGGAGGUGUGGACGAACCAUGGGUGCGGCAAGCUCUGGUCUCUGCCUUGUCAGACUUCGACGGCCUGCAGCCACGCGAUCCAACGCUGCGGCCUUUCGUCUUUCGAGCUUUGGCAGCACUCGCAGGCGUGACCAACCAGAAGGGCGAUGCCAUCACGGCAGAAGGGCUCUAUCGCACAGCUCUGGACCACGUGGAGAAAUACAAGACUUCCGGCCAGCGUGCAGAGACCUGGAGAUCCUGGGUUUCGGAGGGCUUCGCGAAGAUGCUUUCCGAAGGCCGUCAUGCUGAGCAACGCAAAGCCGAGAUCCAUGCGCUCCAGGCCUUCCUGGGCAGAGGUGAAACAUUCCUCAACCUCAGCGCGACGCUGGGCGCUCUUGUGGGUGCCACCCCUGCUGGCAGGCAUCGAGUGACGGUGGCUUCAGUCUGCUGGGUACCGGCGGCCAUUCCCACGGAGGGCAGCCAUGUCGUGAAGAACCUUCACCGAGAUUGGAUGGAAACUCGCCUCGUGGACACUUGCAUCGCUGGCUGUGUUGGCCGAAAACGUGACGCCCCGAGCGGGCGACAGCUCACGGCCAGCACUGGACUCGGGCUGGCUGCAACCGCUGAGGCAGAUGGGGAACGAAGAAGCAUGGCAAGCAAUGGAGGAGCAUGCCCGCAGACCCGACGUCUCCGGCGGAGUGAUGGACAUCACUCCGGGCAUGCUUAUCUUCAUCCCGCAUGGCUGGUGGCAUGCUCUGCGGCCGCUAGACGACGUGACUGUCAUAUCUGGGCCAUCGAAGCUUUCUCAUCAUUACCACACCGAGGAGGCCGCAGUGGGAUGUUCUUACAUGAUGCGAUGGUUGUACCGGUGAUGCCCGACGAAGGUCGGUCUUGA